CCAAGCUCUCCACCUCAGACACCAUGAGUUACUACAACAGCUACUACGGAGGCCUGGGCUAUGGCUCUGGAGGCUAUGGGGGCCUGGGCUAUGGCUAUGGCUGUGGCUGUGGCAGUUUCCGCAGACUGGGCUAUGGUUGUGGCUUUGGUGGCUACGGAGGCUUUGGAUAUGGCUCUGGCUAUGGAGGCUUCAGCUCUGGCUCUGGCUAUGGAGGCUUCGGAUAUGGCUACAGGCGCCCCCUUUCCUAUGGGGGAUAUGGAUUCUCCACCUUCUACUGAAAGGCUGAACUGGGAAAGCAACUCUU